CUCUCGGUUCCGCCCCCUUUCCCGCCGGCCCCGCCAUUGGUGCUGGCCGGUGCCGUUGUGCGCACGGCCCCGUUGUGCGCAGGCGCGGCGGGUGGGGCGUCGGACGGGUGACGGCGCAGUGCCGGGGCCGCCGCCAUGGUGUAUAUCUCCAACGGACAAGUUUUGGACAACCAGAGUCGGGCUCCGUGGCGUCUGUCAUCUAUAACAGAUUUCUUAUGGUCAAUAGCAGAUUUUAUUGUCCUGUUUUUCCAGAGCAUUAUUCAACCAGAUUUGAGAAGAAGAGGCUACACAUCAUCUUCCUAUUCAGGAUACAAUGAUGGAAGAGGGCCUCCAGCACAACCUCGGCGUAGGAUGGGUCGAAUAAAUCACUGGGGUGGAGGCCCCAGUCCACCACCAAUGGCUGGAGGUGGAUGAGGAAGGUAA